CAGGGGCAGAAACGAAAGUGAUCCCUGCUGGAGGUUGGUGCUGUGGGCCAGGGAGUCUUGAAUGCUGCCCUGAAGAGCUUGGUCAGCUUCAGACAUGGCAUCCCAGGAGCGUGGUCUGUUGCCUGCCAGCCCUCUGGGCACCAAGGGGCCAUCUCUGGCCAAGCUCUAUGCCCAAGUGGACCUCUAUCUGGGUUGCCCUCGCUGUGCCCAGCGCCUCAACGAGAGCAUGUUCGUCCUGCGGAAGGUGGAGCAUGACUGCCCACGGGAGAUUCUGCUGGCUCGCUGCAAGUGCCCUGACAAGAGCAAGGUCUGGCGCAGGGUGGGCCGCAGACCUGUCUUCCCCAGGCCUUUGCGCUACGAAGUCUGUCGCUACUACAGCCCGGGGCUGGGCUGCCGGCGCCACCGGAACCAGUGCACCUUCGCCCGUAGCCAGGAGGAGGCACUGGUCUGGACCUUUGAACGCAAGCACAACCUGCCCCGUCUGUGGCUGAAGGCUGCCUUGGGGGGCAGGAGGGCCCAGGGCGGGUCACCUGGGGCGGCCAACAUCAUCCAUGCAGAGUUCGGAGGCCACUUCCAACUGCUCUGUGCCCACUGCUUCAGGCGCCGCCCCCCACACCUCAGCCCAGUGGACCCCCAGGGGCAGUGCCCCUCGCACGGAACCUGCCCCUCGAUCCUGACCCAUGUCAGCACCGAGGGCCGCAAGCAGCAGUUUGUGGAGGUGCGGCCACAGCCCCAGAAUCGCCAUCUGCUGAACUACUGCAUGUUCGUGGGGCGUGGGGAGCCAUGCCACCACGGCGCUGCCCGCUGCCAGUAUGCACACAGCGCUGUGGAGAUGGCCGUGUGGAAGGCCGAGCGGCUGGAUGGGCUUCAGCGGGGGGACCUGCUCACACACUCUGUCCCUGGGGAGGUGCAGUGUGCAGCUCCCCAGGACCAGGCCCCCGGGGUCCAGCUGUACUGCCACACCUGCCUGGUCACCUGCUGCUCUCAGGAAACCUUUGAGAAUCACUGCUCCUCCCUGGAGCAUGCACAGCUGGUGGCCUUGGACCAGACUGUGCCCUGGGAGUACCGCAGCCCACCCAUAGGGCUCUCUACGUUUGAGCUGUGCCCAAGACCUGACCUCUGUGAGUAUGGGGACAUCUGCACCAAGGCACACUCGGCCCAGGAACUACAGGAGUGGGUCCAGAGGGCACAGGCCACGCGGCUGCGGGAGCAGGCAGCCUGGCAGGAUGGGCUGGUGCCCUACCGGGCGCGGCUACUGGCCGAGUACAAGCACAGCAGCAGUGAGCUCCUGGUGCUGGCUGAGACUAUCCCUGGAGUGUCUAUCAUCUGCCACCAGCCCCUGGUGCAUCAGGCCCAGGAGAAGAAGACCCGGCACAGCUGGAUAUUCACUGUCUGCUCUGAGGACCCCCUGCUCCAUGUGGCCCUUCUCAAGCAGGAGCCCGGAGCAGACUUCUCAUUGGUGGCCCCUUGCCUCCCACGGGGCCAGCUCUAUGCACAGGGACAGCGCUUCUGUGUGCCUGACGCCCCAACUGAAUUCCGGGUGGAGGUGCAUGUGCAGACCGCCUGCUUUGGUACCUUUGAGCAGUGGGUGGUCUUUGACUUUGGCCGCCGGCCGGUUCUGCUUCGGAAGCUGGGCCUGCACCUGGGCCAAGCGCAUUGCCUAGGACGCUGCAGGUGGCCAGCACCUACCUGCCCUGAGGAGCUGGACCACUGGCACACGGGCAACCGCCACGUGGUUCCUUGUGUGCAGCGCACAGCUGAGCAGGCAGCCCUGAUGGCCAAGUACAAGGUGCCCGCCCUGGCCCUGGAGUUCAGUCGCAGCAGCCUGGCCUUGGCCCCCAUCUCUCCCACCAACUAUCGACAGCAGAUGCACAAUUUCCUCUACGAGGAGGAGGCUGCUCAGCAGCGGCUGGUGGCCAGGCUGACCAUGCGGGUCAAGGUGUCCCUGAAGGCAGCUCUGCAGACACCGGCAUUGGGCAUGCUCUUCGCACCGCAGGGAACCCUCUACGCCGAGGUCCCUGUCCCCUCCUCUCUGAUGCCGGAUACGGACCAGGGCUUCCUGCUAGGCCGGGCAGUGAGCACAGCUCUCGUGGCCCCUGUGCCUCCACCUAACGACACAGUGUAUGAGGUGUGGCUGGAGACACGGGCCAGCUCAGAGCAGGCUCUGUGGCUGCUGCUGCCAGCACACUGCUGUGUGGCCCUGGGACUGCAGCCCGAGGCCAGCCCCCUCUUAGAAGUGCAGUUCCAGGUCAAUCCGAUGCCCUUCCGCCUCUGGCACCAAGCAGUGGAUAAGCUGCCCGAGGAGCACCUAGUGGUGCCCGACCUGCCCAACUGUACCAUGCCUCAUCCCUGGCCCGUUCCGUCCUCACUGCGUGGCAACCGCAAACAGAAGAUGGCUGUGGGGCUCAUUGCAGGCAGGAGCCCCAGGGGCAUGAGGCCUGUCCCCCCGCUGCUCAUCUAUGGUCCCUUUGGCACUGGCAAAACCUACACCCUGGCCAUGGCCUCUCUGGAGGUGGCUCGGCAGCCCCAUACCAAAGUACUCAUCUGCACACAUACCAACAGUGCUGCAGACAUCUACGUCCGGGAGUACUUCCAUGCCCACGUCAAAGGUGGCCACCCUGAGGCAGCUCCGCUCCGGGUGAUGUACACAGACCGCCCGCCCAGCCAGACGGACCCAACUACGCUGCGGUACUGCUGCCUGACAGAGGACGGACAGGCCUUCCGCCCGCCCACCAGGGAAGAGCUGGCGCACCACCAUCUGGUGGUCACCACCACCUCCCAGGCCCGGGAGCUGCAGGUGCCGGCCGGCUUCUUCUCCCACAUCCUCAUCGACGAGGCUGCCCAGAUGCUGGAGUGUGAGGCCCUCACCCCGCUGGCCUAUGCCUUGCCGCGUACCCGUGUGGUGCUGGCGGGGGACCACAUGCAGGUCACGCCCAGGCUCUGCAGCGUGCCCAGGCCCAAGGCAGCUAGGCACACUCUGCUCUACCGCCUCUUCCUGCACUACCAGCAGGAGGCCCACAGGGUUGCCCGGCAGAGCCGCCUCAUUCUCCACGAGAACUACCGCUGCACCGCGGCCAUCGUCAGCUUUGUCUCACGUCACUUCUACAUGGCCAAGGGCAACCCCAUCCAGGCCAGCGGCAAGGUCCCUCGCCACCCCCAGCACUACCCGCUCACGUUCUGCCACGUGGCAGGUAGCCCUGAGCGGGACCUGUCCAUGACAUCCUGGGUCAACGCAGCAGAGGUAGCUCAGGUGGUGGAGAAAGUGCAGGAGGUCUACAACACCUGGCCGCGCUGCUGGGGAGGCCGGGAGCAGAGACACAUCUGUGCUGUCUCCCAGGGUGCCCAGGUCAGUGCCCUGAGGCAGGAGCUGAGGAGGAGGAGCCUGGGCGAGGUGUCUGUGGGCAGCUUUGAGACCCUGCCAGGGCGGGAGUUCCGGGUGGUGGUACUGAGCACCGUGCACAACUGCCUCAGUCUGCUCAGUCCCGGGGCACCAACCUCAGAGUUCUUCACCGAGGCCCGUGUGCUGAACACCAUCAUGACCCGCGCCCAGUCACAGCUGGUCGCCGUGGGUGAUGCAGUGGCCCUCUGUUCCUUUGGAGCCUGCAGCAAGCUCUGGAGGAGCUUCAUCCGCGAGUGUGUGGAGCACCGUAGCGUCUGCCCUGAGAGCCUGUCAUUGGAGCAGAUCGAGCAGAGUGUGGCCCAGAGGCGAAGCUGGACCCCUGUGGCCCCCAGAGCAGAGGUAGCUGGAGCAGCAGUGGCCAGGGACACUGUUGCAGAAGAGGCAGCUGGAGGCCCAGCCUCAGAGCACGUGGCUGUGGCAAGGGUCCUAUCUGAGCCCAUGACUGAGGGGAGCAAGGUCACAGUGAAGGCAGAGGCAGGGGACGUGGCCCCUGGGGAGGCAGCGGCAGGGGCCACCCUGGAAGGCAGUGUGCCUGCAGACACUGAGGACUGGGAGUCCGACCUCUGGCCCUCCCAUGGGGAGCUCGACGCCGAGGACGCCAUCCUGCAGGAGCUCCUGGAUGAGAGCCGGCAGGUGACAGUGACCGUGGGGGAGGAUGGGCUGCUGAGCACCGUAGCCAGACCCGAGUCCCCACAGCAGGCCCAUCAGUACACCAGCCUGCCCUCAGCCACUCUGUGGAAGCUGCUGCACUCAGAGCCCAAGCUGUACCACCGCUGCACCUUCCUGAAGGAGACCUUUGAGCGGGCGUCGGCCAUCCCACUAGGCGAUGUGGCCUCUGACCCCAUCCAGAUCAGGGGCCGCCUGAACUGCGGGAUGGCCUUCACAGGGGACGAGGUGCUGGUGCAGGUCCUGGACUGGGUGGCUGGUGACAGGAGCAUGGCAGGACGGCCACAGGGCUGCGUGGUGGGGGUGCUAAAGAGGAGGAAACGUGAGCUGGCCUUUGUGUGCCAGAUGGACAAGUGGGACCCCCGCAUCAUGAUCCCUGUGGACAGCUCUGUGACCAAAAUCUUUGUGGCUGAACUGAAGGACCCACUGCACAUCCCCAUUCACCGCCUCUUCCAGGGCCGGGUGCAGCGUGUGGGGCACAGGACCCUCUCAGCCGAGGCCCGGCACACCCAGCUCUUCUGGGUCCGCAUCGUCCUGUGGCGUGAGCGUUUCUACUACCCAUUGGGCAUAAUCCUGGAGGUGUUGCCCGAAGCCACCACCUGGGAGAAGGGCCUCCGCAUCCUGGACCUGGAACAUGGCCUCAGGACCCCUGCGCCCAACCCAGUCUCCAUCUCCAGGGUGUUGCAGAGAUUCCAGGUGGAGCUCGGCUCAGGUGCUGGUGACCGAGAAGACUGUCGCAGCCUCCUGACCUUCACUGUGGACCCCCAGGGUGCCUGUCACCUAGAUGAUGCCCUCAGUGUCCGGGACCUGGGCCCCAUGUGUGAGGUAGCUGUGCACAUCACUGACGUGGCCAGCCUCGUGCCCAGGGAUGGGCCGCUGGACAUGGAGGCCCGUCGGCAGGGCAUUGCCUUCUAUGCUCCGAACAGGGAACCCGUGCUCAUGCUGCCAGCCAGAGUCUGCCAGGAUGUGCUCAGCCUCCUGCCAGGCCGGGACUGCCUGGCUGUCUCCCUCUUCCUCACCAUGGAGAAGGGCAGCGGCCAGCUCCAGAGCCUGCGCUUUGCCCCCUCUGUGAUCUGCUCUGACCGCCAGCUGUCCUAUGAGGAGGCUGAAGCAAUGAUCAAGGGACACCCAGGUGCUGGCCUGCAGCUGCCGACCGACCUGGGUUCCAUGGAGGCCUGUGUCGUAGCCGCCUGCUACUUCUCCAGGGUGCUGCGUCGGCACCGCCUGCAGACGGCCUGUGACUACGAACCCCCGGCGGAGGACAGUGAGCUGGGCUUCCGUGCAGCUCACAUCAUGGUCAAAGAGUACAUGAUCCAGUUUAACAGACUGGCGGCUCAGUUCCUGGUGCAGAGUGAGCACACAAGGACAGUCACGCCCCUGAGGUGGCAGCCCACACCCAGCAGCCACCAGCUCCAAGCUGUGUGUGAGCGGUACGCAGAGUUGGUGGCCCUUUCACUGCACCUUCAACACCACCUGCACAGCCACAGCACCCCAGGCACGCAGCUGCAUGUCCUGGACUCCCUCUGGAAGCACGUCCAGCUUGCUGCCUGUGCCCAGGACUACAGCCGGAUGGUGGACCUCAUUGCUGCAGACGACAUGCACCCCUCCCUGGCUCCUGUGGUCCUUGCCUUCCGAAAGACCCUGGAUCGCUCAGUGUUUGGACGCUCCAGCGAGGGUGAGCAGCAGCUGGCCAGCCACUACUCGCUGCAAGUGGACUGGUACACGUGGGCCACAUCGCCCAUCCGCAGGUACCUGGACUUGGUGGUGCAAAGGCUGCUGCUGCUGGCACUGGGCCAUGGGGGCCCUGAAUACUCUACCAGGGACAUUGAUGAGCUCUGCCAGGACUUUGGCCGCCAGCAUGCAUGUGCCCAGAGCUAUCAGCGGCGAGCCCGAAUCCUGCACCUGGCCACCCAACUCAAGGCCCUGCCCCAAAAUAAGCUGGGCUUUGUGGUCGACGUGGAGAUGAGCACCCGCUGCUUCAAGCUCCUUUUCCCAGCCAACCGAGAGUCACUGCCCGAUCCCUGUCCUGUCCACUACAGCUCCCUGCAGUUGGCUGACCAUCCCCGCCGCCUGGAGAGCCGGCCGGGCCUGCAGCUGCUAUGGCGCCGCCGCAUCUACUCGGUGCAGAAGUCCCGGCCGCCCUCCCCACUGCCCGGCACCCUGAAGGACCCAGACACCGUGGCGGUGGGUGCAGCCCUGUGGAAGCGGCUACUGGGGCUGGUGGAGGAGCGGCGCUGGCCAGAAGCAGCUGCCCUCAUCCAGGAGCAGGGCAGGAAGGAGUCCCCAGGGCGGGAGCCAGUGCAGGUACGCCAGAGCCCCUGUGGCCACUUUGUGGAGGUAGUCCGGGAGCUGGGCAGCGGGGACACCCUGCAGGUCCAGCUCAGCACCAGCCUGCAGCGUGGCUUCCUGGCACCAACCCUGCAGCUAUGGACUGUGGUGCCUGGCUUUAGCCUCUGCCUGGAGCACGUGGUGCGGCCUGGCAACUGCUUCUCAGGGCAUGCACUGCAGGCCUCUCGCGACUGGUACCAGGACGAGGAGGAGUACUCCCACGUGUGGGAGCCACUCUGCAGCCUGGAGUCGGCCACUAAUGCUAUCGCAGAGAACAGCUCCAUCACGCUGCAGCAUGUGCAAAUCUCCUGGGAUGAGGAGCGCACGCCCCAGGGGCAACUGCAAGGCACCUUCCUCCUGGACACUGCCUUCCUCUGGGAGAAGUGCAUCCAUGUCAACUUUAGCCACUGCUACCUCUGCAUCCGGCUGGAGGGGCUGCAGGCCCCUCCUGUGAGGGCCAGCAGCCUCGGGCCCCUCCUGAGCAUCGACCCUCAUGGGUAUGCCUGGGUGGCCCAUGGGCUGACUGAGGACUUGGACCAGGAGGGUCAGGAAGACCGGCAGGAGGCCCUUAGGCGGGUACACUUCUUCAUCCACCACAUGGCCACGGAGAAGGUUCCAGAAGAGGUGCUGAGGCCUGGUACCCAAUUCACUGUGGAGGUGCUGCCUAAGCAGCUUCCUGACCUCCGCAAGGAGGAAGCUGUGCGUGGGCUGAAGAAGGCAUCCCCCGUGGUGGUCAGCAUUGCCUUGGGCCAGCCCAUACCCCAGCCCCACCACAGCUCACCCUCCUGCUCCCUCCCUACCCUGCAUGGGUGCCCAGGGAGGCCUGGUCCCCAACUCCCAGUGGCUGCCAACAGGCUCCUAGAGCAAAGGGCCUAUGACAUCCCUGGAGGUCACCACACGUUGAAUCCUAGCCAGAAUGAGGCCAUCAGGAAGGCUCUGGAGAAGCCCUUCACAGUCAUCCAGGGCCCACCAGGUACAGGGAAGACCGUGGUGGGCCUCCACAUCAUAUUCUGGCUAUGCCAAUCACACCAGGAGCAAGAGUCCACCAGAAGCCACCCUGGUAGAGCGGGGCAGCCGGGUGGCCCACACAUCUUGUACUGUGGCCCUUCCAACAAGUCAGUGGACGUAAUGGCAGGACUGCUCCUGAGCAGGCAGGCAGAGCUACGACCCCUGCGAGUGUACAGCGAGCAGUCUGAGGCCACCGAGUUCCCAAUACCAGGUGUGGGCAGCAGGGGCCGGCUCAGCAAGACCCCCCAGGAGGGGAGGCCUGACCAGACCCUCAGGAGCAUCACUCUGCACCACCGGAUCCGACAGGCCUCCAACCCGUAUGCACCAGAGGUCAGGGCGUUUGACACCCGGCUGCAGAGAGAGGAAGUCUUUUCUAGGGAGGACCUCACCUUGUACAGGAGCAUCCUGGGGAAGGCGCGGAAGUUCGAGCUAGACCGGCACUCCGUCAUCCUGUGCACGUGCUCCUGCGCAGCCUCAGCCAGCCUCCAAAAGCUGGACAUCCGACAGAUCCUCGUGGAUGAGGCGGGCAUGGCCACUGAGCCCGAAACCCUCAUCCCCUUGGUUCGCUUCUCCAAAGCUGAGAAGGUGGUCCUGCUCGGGGACCACAAGCAGCUGCGACCUGUGGUCAAGGACAAGCAACUGCAAAACCUGGGGAUGGACCGGUCUCUCUUUGAGCGGUAUCACAGGGACACAUCCCUCCUGGACACACAGUACCGCAUGCACGAGGACAUCUGUACCUUCCCCUCCAUGGAGUUCUAUGGGAGGAAGCUGAAGACCUGGCAGGGCCUGAAGAGACCAGCCAGUGUCCUGGGUCAUGUGAACAAGGAGAGCUGCUCUGUCAUUUUUGGCCACGUGCAGGGCCAGGAGCAGAGCCUGCUGGUGUCCACAGAUGAAGGGAGUGAGAACUCCAAGGCCAACCUAGAAGAGGUGGCCGAGGUGGUUCGGAUCACCAGACAGCUGACCCGAACAGUGGACUCCCAGGACAUUGCCGUCCUCACACCUUACAAUGCACAGGUUGCAGCCAUCAGCAAGGGCCUUGAGCGGGAGGGCAUCACUGGAGUGACCGUGUCCUCCAUCACCAAGAGCCAGGGGAGUGAGUGGCGCUAUGUGCUGGUGAGCACUGUCCGCACGUGCCCCGAGAGUGACAUGGACCAGCGACCGACCAAGAGCUGGCUCAAAAAGUUUCUGGGCUUCGUGGUGGACCCCAACCAAGUGAACGUGGCCAUCACCCGGGCCCAGGAGGGGCUCUGCCUGAUUGGAGACCAUGUCCUGCUGCGCUGCUGCCCUCUCUGGCGCCGUCUUCUGGACUUCUGUGCAGCCGAACAGAGCCUCGUGCCUGCCAGCCAGGUGCAGGUCCAGAGGAGGCAGUAGUGUCUUUCUGAAGAGUCCCUCUCUGCCCAGCCUGGGAGGUUGGUGGAGGCACACCCCGCGCCCUCUUCCGCUGUGGCUGGGGCCCAGGGCAGGUGGCUGUGUCAACCUGCCACUCCAGCUGCUGGGCCGGUCCAGGUUGCUGGCAGCAGCUGGGUGUUGACCUCUCCUUGGGAUGGGAAGCAGCCAGGGGUGAUCUUCCCAUUUGUACCUGAACUUGGAAGGAGCGAGUGGGGCCAGAGUGGGCCCGUUCACUCUCGGCUGUGCUGCUUUUCUGGGAUGGGAUGUUUGGUGGAGGAAAGCCUCUUGGCAGCUGGCAGCUGUGGCUAGGCUCCUGGAUCACAGGAGACACCCCCACUGUUACUGGGAAGUCUCAGGCAGGAAGGAGACCUUCUUGGAGGCUGCUUUUUGACCUUCAGACCCAUCUGUGAUUGCACUGGCAUGGCAUUGCCUUAUUUUCUAGUUUUGAAUGAAUCAAAGCCAGCGUCUUCUGCCGGGACCUCAUGCAGGGCAGGGACCCCCCUUGGAGGGAGGCUCUUUCUGUGCCCUCACUGCCGCUAUCCUGCACACAUCUGCCUGUCAGGGGAGGGCAGUCAAGCCAGACGUGCAUGUCAGACUGGCACGCAACACUCCUAUGGGCAGGUGGGCCGGGGCCAGGAGCAAGCUGCCCCAGACCCUCUGGGCUGUGCUUACCCCAAGCCAUAUUUGCCCAGGUCCAGGGCCCCCAGGACAACCUGCCUGGGAGCACCUUCUCUGUAGGGUGUGUGGGCGCAGUCUGCCUGCUCAACCUUGCUGCCGCCCACCCGGACACCCGGUGCACCCCGUGUCUCCUGAGUCUUGAGGUUCUGCCAGCAAGAGUAAGCUGUCCAGCCAGAGGCAUGGCCUCCCUUGGCCUCUGCAGAGCCUUCUGCAGGAGGAGUGCCUGUCUGAAACUGGUCUUCUACAAAUCAAGUUUCUGUAUUCCAAUUUUUAAUCUUUUCUCAGAUUCCACCCCAUAUGAUUAAAUAUUGAU